CGCGGGGAGAGGUGGCCAGGGAAUGGCCGGGCCGGGGGUAGGCGGGAGCCGCAGUGGCGGUGGCUGCGACGGCUGGGGGCGUUGAGCGCGGCGUGGGGCGGCCCCUCCCCGGAGGCGGUGGGGGUGGCCGGGCCGCACCGCACGGCCAGGCGGCUAUGGAGCGAGCCUAGGGCCCCGCAGGAAUCGUGGGAGGCGCACGCGUGAAGAAACGCCCCGGUGUGUCUAGCCAUGGGACCUCGCUGACCGCCAUCACCACCUGCUCUCCGGACUCGCGAGAGAGUGGGUCAGGGCAAAGGGAGAGGGGCCAACAUGAAGCUGAAGCAGCGGGUCGUGCUGUUAGCCAUCCUCCUCGUCAUCUUUAUCUUCACCAAAGUUUUUCUGAUCGACAACUUAGACUCCUCGGCUGCCAACCGGGAGGACCAGAAGGCUUUUCACCGAAUGAUGGCCGGCUUGCGGGUGGAGCUGGCGCCCAAGCUGGACCACACCUUGCAGUCUCCCUGGGAGAUCGCAGCCCAGUGGGUGGUGCCCCGGGAAGUGUACCCCGAAGAGACGCCAGAGCUGGGGGCGAUCAUGCAUGCCAUGGCCACCAAGAAAGUCAUCAAAGCUGAUGUGGGUUACAAAGGGACACAGCUGAAAGCCUUACUGAUACUCGAAGGAGGGCAGAAAGUCGUCUUCAAGCCUAAGCGGUACAACCGAGACUACGUGGUGGAGGGGGAGCCCUACGCCGGUUAUGACAGACACAACGCAGAGGUGGCCGCCUUUCACUUGGACAGGAUUCUGGGAUUCCGCCGAGCCCCCUUGGUGGUCGGCAGGUUCGUUAACCUGCGGACGGAGGUCAAGCCGGUCGCCACGGAGCAGCUCCUGAGCACCUUCCUCACUGUAGGAAACAAUACCUGCUUCUACGGGAAGUGUUACUACUGCCGAGAGACGGAGCCGGCUUGUGCCGACGGGGACACCAUGGAGGGGUCUGUCACGCUGUGGCUUCCGGACGUGUGGCCGCUGCAGAAGCACCGACACCCCUGGGGCAGGACUUACCGAGAGGGCAAGCUGGCCAGGUGGGAGUACGACGAGAGCUACUGCGACGCCGUGAAGAAAACGUCCCCUUACGACUCUGGCCCCCGUCUCCUGGACAUCAUCGACACCGCCGUCUUUGACUACCUGAUCGGCAACGCCGAUCGCCAUCACUACGAGAGCUUCCAGGACGACGAGGGCGCCAGCAUGCUCAUCCUCCUCGAUAACGCCAAAAGCUUCGGGAACCCCUCGCUGGACGAGAGGAGCAUCCUCGCCCCGCUCUACCAGUGCUGCAUCAUCCGCGUUUCCACCUGGAACAGACUGAACUACCUGAAGAACGGCGUGCUGAAGUCUGCCUUAAAAUCCGCCAUGGCCCACGACCCCAUCUCCCCCGUGCUCUCCGAGCCCCACCUGGACGCCGUGGACCAGCGGCUCCUGAGCGUGCUGGCCACCGUGAAGCAGUGCACCGACCAGUUCGGGGCGGACACCGUGCUGGUGGAGGACAGGAUGCCGCUCUCCCACUUGUAACUCCCGGCGCGGAGUAACCGAAACUUCUUCACAAAGAUAGAGAAACAGCACAAUCAAGUCCAAACGGCACGGGACGGGUUGGCGGCGGCCGGCAGCAAGUCCUGGUGGCGGGGAACAGGACAGCCUUGCGAUUCUUUGGUGUUUUCCGUCGCAGAAACUAAGGACGGACCGCGAGCUUCGGGCCACGGAAACAAACGCUCCCGCAGCGGGCCAGGCUCACCUCUCGCGCCGGAGGACGGGCGGGAGUGGCGUCCACGCAGGCCGGUGCUGGAUCGGUGCUGGGGUGUGUUCCAAGUUCAUCCGAGAGUCCUUUCCCCGCACCCGUGGAUGUCCUGGGAGCACUUUGCAGACUCUCGGGUCCUUUUCUACCAGGACCGGUCGCACUGGGAAUUGCACUGCCUCCCGAGGGGCGGCAGGAGCGGACCUGGCGUUCCUGCGGCCGGAGGGGCGGGCCCUGUGGGAGGGUGGGUGUCUGGGACGGAGGUAGCAGGGGGAACAAAGGCUUGUGUGGGCCGCUCAGCCAUUAGGCAGUCCGGCCUCUGAGGGGCGAAGAGGCGGGAAGAGGGGAGAGGGAAGGUACAGCUGGCGUCGGGGAGACUCGGUGGGAGCAGGUGCCCUGUGUUUCAGGUGUGUCCUAAGGUGUGUAAGAGCUCGCGUGGCUCGUACCUGAGCAAAGUCUGCGUUCUCACAGCUGUGUUUAAGUGAACCAAAAAUUGUCUCCAGAGAACUUACUGUUCCAACCCAAGCACUAUUCUUUAUGGAGAUUUUUUUUUCCCUUUUGCCCGGAGGAGACAAACCCUGUCCGAGUUAACGAAGCAAACAAUACCCUGAGUGAGAGUUGGGCUGCCUGUGAUCUGUGCUGUCCCGGUUUCUCUUCCGAGAUGAGUUUCCGCCUCUGCUGCUACGGCCUUUGAAGCUGCUCUUCCCAAGAGACUGGCAGUCCUGACCGUGCCUUUCUUGGGAGACAGCCGGCUCCCUCUGACCGACGGCCGUGCGCGCCCCGCCGUGGCUGGGCCCAUCCUAGGGCUGGAGCCACGCGGGCGGCUGGAAGUAGAGACGGAAGCCUUCCGAGCCUUAAAAUGAAGGGGGUUGUGCCAGGAAGAGCCUUAAGAUUUUGAUUUACGUGAAACCCUAAUUCAUCGUCUCAGCUUGUUUGGAGUUUGGAACCCACAUCCUUCUCUCUGUUGUUAGCACUCUGAAGCUUCAGGUUGUGAAAACUCGGGCAUAGUUCUGGGCUCUGGCAAAGCGAUUGUGGCGUGUGAGCAGUUGUAAGCGGUCAGACAUGGGGACGGCAGGCCUGGCGUGCCCCCCGCCCGUGUCCUCGCCCCACGCGGUGCCAGGUGCUGCUGCAAUUCUGUGCCUCUGCCGGGCAGGGACCCGUGUUGGACCGUGUGGUUGAGCACACGUGAUGCCGGCCCCUGGAGACCCGUGCUCGUCAGCCACCCUUUGAAGGGCAGGUUAGGAUCGAAAGAUAACUGUGUAUCCUGUGACUACUUCAAAAAAACGUGAAAUUAGGAUACUUUUGUACUUUGUGUAUACAUUUUGAGAUGUACACGAGUGUGGGCUGAGUUAUUGGGAAAGGUUUUGAAUUUAUGAAGACGUAUUAGCACAAGACACUGAACUAGGGUUAGCAAAAGGAGGCCUCGGUCCCCAUUGUAAGGCCUAUGCCCAGAAAUCCCCCACGGAGUGGGGGGGGGGGGGCGUUCCCUGGAGAGUGCUGUUGGGGUCUCUUUCCCUGCUGUUUAAAAAUUCAUGCUCUUCCAAGGUGUUCGAAUCUGCAGUGGUUGAAGUUAGGGUUUUGCUAAUAUGACAUUGAGAAUAUAAAUUUAUAUUCAAAGUCAGGAUUGGAUUAAGCAAGAAAAGCAUGUUUAGGUGAAUCUUAAAAUCAGCCAUAAAUAUCAAGCUAUAAAAUUUACAAACACUACGUUUUGUUUGAGAAAACAGGCAGAUAUCUUUUCAGAAGUUCUCUAACACUGUCCUCUUUGUGGUGUAUUUACUGGCGCCUCGCGCUGUUACGGUCAGACACGCCAGGGGUGGGUGUUUGGUCAGCCCAGAGUAGGGAGAGCUUAGCAGCCCCUGCAGGUGGGCGCAGGUACAUCGUGGUAUUGUAGAGCCAGGAAAGUCAGAGCCGACUGCUGCGACCUCUUGUCUUUCUCCUACUUUGUAAACGUGUUUAUGCCGGAGUUUGAAGGGGAACUACGAGAGAGGUUUCAUUCUAAAACUGCUCUUUAAUGUGAGUCUCUAGGGUGGGUUUGGCCAUAAGUGACUUUCUGUGCAAAACAGAUUGAUAGAUAAGGUCUGACUCGCUCGGAGUAUCGCCCAGUAACGCGUCAGGGAGCAAGCCCCCCUGCCGGCACUCAGGGUCAGUGAGCCGCGUGAAGCUGGAGGAGGACGUGGGAGAAUCUGGCCACAUCGGCUGCACAUUACUUGGGGGAAUUCUCAGUGAAUCCUGUAUGUGGCAGUUUUUCACCAUUACCUGAUGGCAACAUGUCCUUCCAAAGAAAUCCAUCUUUUCUCUUUAAAA